CAGGCAGUGGAGUGUAGUGCAUUUGUCCCCGGAGCGCGAUGGAUCCGAAGAAGGACCUGGACAAGCAGCUGGUGAUCGACGAGCUGCCAAGGAGCUUCAGAGACACGCGCUGCUGCAAGGUGAUGACGGCAGCCAUCAUCCUGAUCGUCAUAGCCGUCGCCACCUUCAUCGGCAUUGUGAUUGCGUACGUGGCUAAACAACAGUGCAGUUACUCUGAGACCGUGGAGCUGAGAGGCAUCACGUACGCUCCCAGUUUACAGGACGAGACGUCGACGUAUUCUGUUGUCCUUUCAUCGGUGCUGAGGAGAAAGAUAAGAAACAUCUUCUUGGCUUCAUCGGUGGCAGAGUACUAUGUUGAUACGGACAUGCUACAGUAUGGCGACAGUAACGGCAGUGUGGCUGCUUCCUUCCGGCUAAUCUUCAGCGUGGACAGGAUACACGCUUUCUCCAGGCUCUUUGCCCAGGAUACCCUGCGACUGGGCCUGGACUCCUUUCUCCGGGAGCAGCCCUUGGGGGUCUUACAAUUUGGGGAGAUCACCUCCGCCAUCCUACUUGGAGCGAGCGGAAAGUCUUUUUUUAAUAUAGGGAGCUCAGAAACCUGCCCUGUCAACACCUUCACCUGCCAGAACAGCGAGUGUGUCCUAAAGACGAACCUUGAGUGCGAUUACAAAGCCGACUGUGCUGAUGGGUCUGACGAGUCCGACUGCAAGUGUGGUACCAGGCCCGCCAUGUCCAUCCGCAUUGUGGGGGGCAUCGACGCUGAGCGAGGGGAGUUCCCCUGGCAAGUGAGUCUGAGGCAGAAAGGAUACCACAUGUGCGGGGCCUCUGUACUCAACACGAGGUGGAUCGUCACUGCUGCUCACUGUUUCGAAAGGUUUGACGACCCCAAGGGCUGGAAGGCCCUGUUUGGGACGAACCUGGCCACGGGCACAGAGUCUGGCGCGGUGGAGGUGCACAUCAAAACCAUCAUCAGCCACCCCCAGUACAACAGCCAGACCUCGGACUACGACGUCGCCAUGCUGGAACUGGAGACCCCCCUGACCUUGGGGACCCUCAUCCAGCCUGUGUGCCUGCCCUCCCCCUCGCACAGCUUCCCCCCAGGCAAGCGCUGCACUGUGAGCGGCUGGGGGCAGCUCAGAGAGGACAACAACCACUUGCCCAACUCUCUCCAGAAGGCGGUCGUGGCCAUCAUCGACACAGCGCUCUGCAACGCUUCCUCUGCCUACAGCGGCUCCAUCACCGACCGCAUGCUGUGCGCAGGCUUCAUGGAGGGCAAGAUCGACUCCUGCCAGGGUGAUUCGGGCGGCCCCCUGGUUUGUGAAGAGGCUCCGGGUCGCUUCUUCCUGGCUGGGAUUGUGAGCUGGGGAAUGGGCUGUGCCGAGGUCAACCACCCAGGGGUCUACUCCAGAGUAACAUAUUUGAGAAGCUGGAUACUCAGCCAUAGUAACCAAACAGAAAUCAGUCCGACGCCAACAUCUACCACAGCGACUGCUACUACUGCCACAACUCCAACCACCAAGACACCCUCUACCACAUCAGUGGUAAACUGCACCAGCAAGUUCCUGUGUGAAAAGGAUGUGUGCAUCAGCAAAGUGAACCCAGAGUGCGACGGAUUCAUUGACUGCGGCAGCGAAGCUGAUGAGGAGAAUUGCGACUGCGGGGAUAGGCCUGUGAUUGGCUUCCAGAAGAUUGUGGGCGGGGUCAGUGCACAGCGAGGGGAGUGGCCAUGGCAGGUCAGCCUGCAGUUCCAGCGCACGCACCUCUGCGGGGCCACGCUGAUCCACAGCAAGUGGCUGCUCACUGCCGCACACUGCUUCGCAAAUAAACUGGCCCCGAGAAGCUGGACGGCCAGCCUGGGCUCGCUCGCCUCCUCUGGGAAGGGGGGGGUCCGGGUCACCCUGCGGAGGAUCAUCCUUCACCCACGAUAUAACAGCACCAGCAUGGACCUGGACGUGGCGUUAGUGGAGCUCUCAGCGCCAGCCCCGCCCGACAUCACAAUCCUGCCUGUCUGCCUGCCCUCGCCCUGGCACCGCUUCCCAGAAAGGACCGAGUGCUUCAUCAGCGGCUGGGGCACCACGGAGGAGGGAGGCUCGCCAGCCAAGUCGUUACAGACGGCUUCGAUCGAUAUCAUCAGCCAGUCAGAGUGCCGGCAAUCCUACGCCAACGGGCUCACCAGCAACAUGAUCUGCGCUGGCUUCAUGGAGGGGGGCACAGACUCCUGCACGGGCGAUUCGGGGGGGCCCCUGUCCUGCCGGGAGCCCUCGGGACGCUGGUUCGUGGCCGGAAUCACCAGCUGGGGCCGCGGAUGUGCCAGGAACUCCUUCCCUGGGGUGUACGUGCGUGUGACGGAGGUGCGAGAGUGGAUUCAGAAGUACCUGCUCUACUAGCGCCGUCAGCUUUAUAACCAGACAGAACACCACAGAUAGAAUUGGGAAGUAAAGGUCCACUGCAAAUGUCUUGAACGCCAUCUCUCCCUGUGCUGUACCCUCAGCACAGCACCCCUGCUUUUCAUUCUUGUGUUGUUUAAAGGACUCUUAAUCAGCACCAGAAUGACAUCAGGGCAGGAGAGCACAGAGAAGCAGUUAGUGUGAAACACACAGGGGGUUUGCGAGAGGGAAUCAUUUGGAGAAUUAAGAAGUGGUAAUUGCAGUAACCCAGACUUGAAUCUUGUAUUUACUUAUAGGUCAAACAGUUGUACAGAGGCACAAACUUAAGACAAGGCGAAAAAAAUCAGCCCAUAAUGAAGUAUAUUUUCCUCUUAAAUAUAAUGAAUUCCUUGGUGAACUUCUUUCUCCAAUAUUAUAAUCAUGUGUGCACCAUACUGAAAGCAGAAUGAAGAAUGCUUUUUAAAUACCACAGCACUAGACACAAACUUUUUGUAUACUUGAAGACAUGUUUUAUCUAUUCAGGAAACUGGUAGACAAAGUCUGUGUGGUUGUAAUUGUUUUUUACCACGCUUAUUUCCAUGGCUAUGCUGUGCAGUGUACCCUGGCUUACCAUGUUUAUUAGAAUGCUUUAGCAUACCUUGCUAUACUUUACAAUGCUUGUAUUGUUCUUUAUUACACUUUGCUAUGCUUUUACUAUGGGAAACUUUUAUAAGGGUAUUUUACUGGAUCCAGUAUCUCUGAACCAGUCUGAUCAAAAUGACAGUUCACAUUAUUCUUGCAGAAACCGCUUUCACCUCCAAAGCAAGGUUCAGUAACAUCCCUAGACUGGGCACCUGGGCCAGAAGAUUCAGAGACUCGUUUUAAAACUGGCAAAUCAACCCAGUGUAAAUAUUUUAAUUAAAAUUAACUAUGAAUACAAUAAAAUACUGUUUUAAUGCAAGUUAAAGAUUUAAAAAUUUAAGUAAAAUGACACCUCAAU